CGCAGCGAGCUCAUCAAGGGUAACAAGAUGAAGAAGAUGGACGGCGGCCUGGAGAGCGUGCCGCAGGGAAUGAAGUACAUGGAGGAGGGCAAGGUCUCGGCCGAGAAGCUGUACUACCUCCUCUGAGUCGGGGACGAGGCAGACACAAAGCCGAGGGAGAUGCAGCUGCAGGCACCAGGCUUGGGCUCGUCAAUGACACACUGCGCUAGCACAUCUCUGCCGCCAGUGCCUGCGCCAGCGUGCAGGUACGACGCUGCCCGCCUCGCGGCAAUGUCCUGGCCUAGCUUGGCCGGCCGUGGAGAUCCUGGGCCGAGAGAUGCGAGAGACGGAAAUCUUGGGCCCGCCUCGAUGCCUUUCGCCCAUCGACGGCCGAAGGGAUGCAUGCAGGGGUUCGGAAGUGGACAGGAUCUGCGGUCUCCAGACGCAGAGAUGGCGUGCUCAGGUCUUCGCAACACGGGGCCCCAUGCAGUAAAGCAGCCAGUGCCUGGCGGCUCGCGCCAGCGGGUGCUAGCACCUAGAGGAACAAGGUUCAGGGCACGCCCUGCUCCCUCUGGCCUAUUCCUGGCCACGAGUCUCGCGAAUCUCUCCCCUCUUUGCCGUCGGCACUGCGAGGCUUACCCCACAGAAGACGCACACUUGCAGCCCACUGCAUGCUGGGUGCCGAGGCGUGCAACGUGCAGCUAGUCCAGGGGCUCGCAUGACAGCGGGCGAAAUG